AUGACGAUGAUACGCAGCCUCAUAAGAUUUGGUAGAAGGCAGUUUCACACAAUCGUAUCCAGAGAAAUCAUCAAACCCUCUUCUCCGACCCCUUCGCACCUCAAAACUUACAACCUUUCGUUGAUUGAUCAACUCGUUCCCGAUACAUUUGUGCCGAUGGUUACAUUCUACCCAAACACCAGAAUCCAUGGUAGAAGUAGAUCCCAUGAUAAAACACUUGAUCUGAAGCAUUCAUUAUCUCAAACAUUAACCAAGUACUACCCUUUCGCUGGUAGGCAUGCUAAAGUCGCACCAGCCUGUAUAGAUUGCAACGACAAUGGAGCUGAGUUCCUUGAAGCAUCGACUGAUACCACACUCUCAGAUUUCCUUCAAACCUCGCACCAUGAAGAUCUCGACCAAUUAUUUCCACAUGGUCUAGUAAACUACAACUCCAACCGUGGAGACGGAGAUCAUGAUCAAGUGAUCCCACUUGCAGUUCAGCUUAAUCGUUUUGAAUGUGGAGGAGUAGCAGUUGCAGUGUCGUUGUCCCACAAGGUAGUAGAUGGAAGCAGUUUGGUUCAUUUUUUAAACGACUGGGCUAAGAUGACACGACUUUGCUCCAAAGAGCAGAAGAAGCAUGAAUUUUCAAUUGAUCAUGACCCACAGUUUAUACCUUUUCAAUACAUGAACGUAAACUUUAAGUCACUUUUGCUUGAGAGAUCAAAGGAUUGUGUAACAAGGAGUUUCAUAUUCCCCAACUCAAAGAUAAACGACCUUAAACUCAAAGUCAAAUCCAUGACCGAAGAAUCUGGACAACCCAUCACCAACCCUACUCGUGUUGAAGUUUUGAAUUGGAUACUUUAUAAGUGUGCAGUGGCUGCAGCUACAAAAAACAAUUCAGGGGUUUUCAAACCCAGUGGGGUUAAUCAUCUAAUAAACAUAAGAGGAAAAAUGAUCGAGUCAUUGCCUCAAAAGAGCAUAGGAAAUUUUGUCAUGGCAAUGGAGAUUCUAACAGAGAACGAAAGUGAACUGAAACCCGAGUCAUUCAUCAAUAAGCUCAAGAAACAAAAGAUACAAAUCCAAGGCCUAAGAAAUAUGGAAACUGUCUUUGGUCUUUUUUCUCAACCCGUUGUAGAAGAAGGGCAAAGAAAACUUGAUGUUUUUUAUAUUUGUUCAAGCUUUUGUGGGUAUCCUACAUAUGAGAUUGAUUUUGGGUGGGGAAAGCCUGUAAAAGCAACCCUUGCUGGAGAUCUAAAGAAGAAUAGCUUUAUUUUGAUGGAUGCUCCAAAUGGUAUUGAAGCACUUGUGUGUCUAGGAAAGCAAGACAUGGCUAUUAUGCAAAAUGACCCUGAGCUUCUUGCCUUUCUCUAG